AUGGCUCGCACUACUGCGCUUCUCCUCUCCCUCCUCGCAGGCCAAACAUGUGCUCACACGUUCAUAUGGGGCGUCUUCGUCAACGGCAUCGACCAAGGUACAUUCCGCGGCAUCCGUAUCCCCGCCUACAACGGCCCCUUCGGCCGCGGCGGCUACAACAACUCGCCCGUCAAAGACCUCGCCUCCAUCGACAUGCGCUGCAACGUGCUCGGCGACCUGCAAGCCCACGACACCAUCAAAGUAAAUCCAGGCGACAACCUAACACUAGACUGGCACCACGAAACACGCAGCGAUGCCGACGAUGUGAUUGCGAGCUCGCACCACGGACCGUCGAUGGUGUAUAUAUCGUCUGAUCCCCCGACCAACGACUCCUUUGUUAAGAUAUGGCAUGAGGGCAAGUAUCAGGCGAACCCCUUUCCACAGCCGGGGCUGUGGAGUACGACGGGUGAUGUUGCGAAACGCGCUGGGCAUAUGAAUGUUAGAGUGCCGGCGGGACUGAAAGCGGGAUUCUACCUCAUCCGCGCGGAGAUGGUGGGUCUGCACGAGGCGGAUGUGAGUUUUGCGCAAAACCCGAGGCGAGGCGCGCAGUUCUAUCCGGAUUGUGUGCAGAUUGAGGUUGUGGGGGAUGGGGAUGUUGAACUACCUAGGGGAGUCGGGUUUCCGGGUGCGUAUUCGUAUGAGGAUCCGGGUGUGGUGCAUAAUGUGUAUUGCUCUACGGAGACGGUGAAACCAAGGUCUUCUACUACGUCUUGUGUUACUGACUAUGUUAUCCCUGGGCCUACGGUUUGGUCUGGUGCUUGGCCUGAGACUACAGCGAUGUCUGUCGGGCCUGUCAAAGGUGUUACUACAGCGACGGCAUGGAGUACGUGGAUUGGCACUGACAGCAUGGUGACGAGUGCUACGUAUUCGGACGUAAAGAGUCAGACGAUUGUUGGGACUUCAAAGUAUACUGCGAGCUGGAGUAAGGCGUAUGCCACGCCUCCUGCGACGGCGGCACGGUGGUAG